AUGGCUCAAGGUAAUUCUCUUGAAGUGAUUUGUUUGGACGACAGCACAGUGCCAGAAAACGAAGGAGUUCUAGAAUGCCCGGUUUGCUUACAAACUUGUAUUCACCCAGCCCGCUUGCCUUGUGGACACAUAUUUUGCUUUCUUUGCAUUAAGGGAGUAGCAUUUCAAAAUAAUAGGUGCGCUUUAUGUCGAGCAUACAUACCCGUUCCUGAUAGUUAUCAAUGGUUUUAUAAAGGGAGAAAUGGUGGUUGGUGGCAGUUCAACGAGCGAAAAAGCGCUGAGUUAGAAGAGCAUUACAAUAACAAUUGUGAGGAGGCCGAAGUCCUUAUUUGUGCCAGUGCUUGGAGAUUUAAUAACUAUAAUAAUUUAGAUACUAGUCGAAAUGUGGAUAUUGUUUCUGAGGCCAAAAGAUCUUUGCGCAAAGAAAGACUUCAAAAAUUAUAUCGUCAGCAUCAGAUUGAAACUAUAGACCGAGAAUUAAACCAGAUUAAAAAAGAUAUAACUCGACAUUCUGUUGUAAUGCAAAACAAAAGUAAAACUAAAGAGUGGGAACCAGAUGGAUUAUAUGGUAAACAGCAGCCACUGUUUCAAAAUACAAGACUUACAAUUAGAGACAGUUCUCCUUUAAAUUCCUUAUCACGAUUUAAUAUCACGAAAAGCAACAAUUGUAAUGAUUUAAAUGAAUGCAAAGAAUCACAAUUCGAUCGUAUACUUAUGGAGAGUGUCUUAAAUAGUAACGAUGUAAAAAAUCAAGUCACAAAAUCGGAUCUAAAUGAAGUUAAAGUUCAUCCUCUAAUAAUAGAAAAUUCAAAAUAUCCUGAAGAAGUUAAUGCAAAUAUACAAUAUCUGUAUGAUGCAAGUGAUGAAAAUUAUAUCUAUGACAAAAAAAAUAACUAUAAAUCGUCUGAGGUACAUUCUAAUGUAGAAGCUAAUACCAUUCAACCAUCUACAAUACAAGAAACUAAAACUGAGGUAUUAAAAACAAUUCAAAGAGAAACUUCAGAGUAUUUUGUUCAAGAUAUAGAACAUCAUGACUCCGAAAAACAAUCAACAAAACUCUGUAAAGAAAUUGAACUCCAAAAACGGUUCGAAUGUAAGGCAAUUGACUUAGUGAUAGAUUCUGUUUCUCUAAAACCCCACAACGAUAUUUGUGUAACAUCUAAAUGUACAGAGUUGUCACAAGAAAAUAAUCACCAGCAAAUAAAAAUAGAUUUUCAAAACGAACUCCAAAAUAAGCUAAAACUAAAAGCAUUCAAUAAAUGGAAAUCUUAUUGUUCAAGAAAUGUUAAAAAUAAGCAUGAUGAAAUAGAAGAACAAUCAAAUAUGGUUGAAAAAAUUGAUAUAUUUUUAAAAAAGUUGAAUGAAAGAAAGAAGUCAUUAAGUAAGUUUUCUAAAAGUUCAGAGUUAUUAAAAUCUUCAGAUUUGGACUUUAAAAUGAAAAAGAAGAAGUCUACAAGUGCGCCAUUGAGUACGCAAUAUAAAAAUAGAUUUGCAGUACAACAAGACAUGAUUGUUCAACAAAAAGCUCGAAUUCUUGAGCAGGAACGUACUAUACAGCAACUUCAAGCAAAAAGCUUAGCAGUUGCGGCAAAGGAAUCCGUGAAGCAAGCUUGUGCAGAUUAUAUAGAUGCAACACGUUGUAAUAAUAAGACUAAACCAAAAAUGAGGGCAAAUGUCUACCUAAAUAUUGAAGUAAACAGAACAACAAUGUUGGAAGAGCAAAAUUCAGCUGCAGAACAUUUCGAUCCGGCUGCGAUUGCUUUGGUAUCGCAACCAGCACCGGCGUUCCUCCAGGCCAUGAAUUUUCGUGCUCAACAGAGGCAACUGAGGCAUCAAGCAACUCAAGAACGAAGGAAGCAAAGAGAAGAGGAAAUUCGAUUGGCUAAAGAACGAGAAGAACAGAUUAAAUUGGAGGAAGAUCAGCAAGCGAAAUUGCUGCGCAUAGCAGAAAGAAGAAGAAAACGCGAAGAAGAGCAGGAAAAGCAGCGAUGUUUAGAAAUGGAACGACGCCGAAUUAAGCUCUGCGAACAAUCUGCUGAUCAGCAUUACAAGAAAGUUCUAUUGUGGAGAUAUGGAUUAAUGCCACUCAAAAAAGUAGUGGAGAUAAAACGAUGUGAUAUGCUCUUAUCUAAAGAACAUUACAGAAGCGGAACUGAUAUAUUAAACAAGUUAAAUAACAAAACCGUAUUUCAGUUUCACUUAGAAAUGCAGAGUAAAUCCUUUGUUGCUGAAGAUUGGUAUAACUUACGUAUAUUGAGCAGAGUGAUUGCUGCUUGGAAUGAAGCUACAAAAAAGCUAAUUAUUGAAAGAGAUAAGAAAUGUUAUAUAGCGCAACUACACUACGAAAGGCAAUUAAAGUGGCGAUCAAUCGAUACAUGGCGUUUGUUACCAUCUUUGAAUGAAAUAGAACGUCAGCGGGAAAGACGGAAAAAUAAAUGGAGAAAUAAAGUGUGGGAAAUUUUGCCAGAUUAUAAACCAGUAAUUGAAGACUGA